UUGACUUGUAUGCUUGUUCGUCACAGUUCCCUACUGUGACGUGAAAAUUAUUUUUUUAGACCUUUGUAUAAAUGAGAUGUUAAUAAUAACAAAAAUUUUCUGUCGUAAUGAUAACUAAAAUUUAUUAAGCCAAUUGUGAUUUCUGAAAAUAAUAAAAAUGUCAUCCAAAAGUGAAAAAGACCGAGCAAAACAAAUACAAGACAAAUGUCAAUCUCUGUUGACGACUAUGCUGCGAGAUGAAGAUAAUAAGUAUUGUGUCGAUUGUGAUUCAAAAGGACCAAGAUGGGCAUCAUGGAAUCUUGGUGUAUUUUUAUGUAUUCGAUGUGCUGGAAUUCAUCGAAAUUUAGGGGUACAUAUAUCCCGAGUAAAAAGUGUAACAUUGGAUACUUGGACACCAGAGCAAGUUGUAUCAUUACAACAAAUGGGUAACUCAAGAGCUAGAGCAGUUUAUGAGGCCUUGCUGCCAGAUGGUUUUCGUAGACCACAAACAGACAGUUCCUUGGAAGCUUUUGUACGAGCAAAAUAUGAACAAAAGAAAUAUUUAGCCAGGGAAUGGGUGCAGCCUCCAACACCAAAAGUUGACUGGGAUAAAGAAAUAGACGAGGAACUGGAGAAACAAAAAAAGAAAAAGAAAACAAACACAAAUAAAAUUCCAACAGUUGUUGCUAAUCCAAAACCAGAAACAAUACCACAAUUGUUACCUAAGCCCAAUGCUAAGUUAAGUUCCAGCCCUGUAUCUACUAGAACAUCUGAUCGAACCAAAUCAGUAAAUGCUGAUUUAUUGGGUCUUGAUACAAAAUGUGCUUUUUCAGAAGAUUUUAGUGGGUUUCUGUCUGCUGAACCUAAUAAGAUAGAUCCAAAACCCAUUGAGAAAACUGACACUUUAAAAGCUGAAGAAGAUAAUUUUUUCAAUCAACCUGUUCCAUCAGAGAAAGAGAAAGCAAAACUAACAAAGGAUAGUAUUCUAGCAUUAUAUGACACAGCUCCUAUCAAUAAUGCUCAACUUCUUCCAAAUUCAAUGACAUUCAAUAAUUAUUCAGUUCCUGUUGGAGCAUCUAAAAAUUCUUUUCAACAGUAUCAAAAUCAGCAUCAGUUACCUCCACAACAACCGUUUAAUGCAUUCCAGCAAGUAAUGCCUACGCAUACACAACUCCAUAAUACUGUGCCCCUUGUUCAAAAUACAAAUAUGUCAUAUGCACAAUUUAAUCCAGUGAAUUCACAGCAAAGUAGUAGUAAUUUUGGAAAUAAUCAAUUUUUACAAAACAAUUCAGGUCUAGUACAAGGUUUUUCUCAGAAUAAUGGAAUGCAUUUAAAUAAUGGCAUCCACAGCAGUGUUGGUAAUGGUUUUGUUAAACCCGAUCAAAGUUUUGGACAGACCAAUCAGUAUUUGGGUCUGACACAGCAAUUUGGAAAUAUGGGGAUGGAUUCACAAAAUCAAUUUAAUAGUACUAGCAAUAUAUGGCAAUAGCUGCUUAAUGUUUGACUGAUUUUGAAUUUAUCUCAAUUCAACAAAUAAUGAAAAUAUUUUAUUCACUAUUCAUUUUUCAGAGAAAUUUACUGUAAUACAAUUGGAAAUUAUUCAGAUAUGAUUUCAAUUAUUCUUAUUUACCAGCUCAGUUAAAAACUAGU